AAAUUUGUCCCCAACCGGACGCCGUAAGAUGUCCCGCCUGAGCCACCGUAGAUCCUAAAAGCGCAUAUGCUGGACAUUCAAAAUAUUUGAAACCAUUGGACUUUUGUUUUCAGCACAUUGCAAGUUAAAGAUAAUGUCUGUCCAGCCAUCAAAUCCAAAUAAUCCGAUCGUGUUCUUCGACAUUACCAUCGGUGGGCAGGAUAUCGGACGGAUGAAGGUCGAGCUGUUUGCUGAUGUGGUUCCGAAGACAGCUGAGAAUUUCAGGCAGUUCUGCACCGGAGAGUUCAGGAAGGAUGGAGUCCCUAUUGGUUUCAAAGGCUGCACAUUCCACAGGGUUAUCAAAGACUUUAUGAUUCAAGGAGGGGACUUUGUGAAUGGUGAUGGCACAGGUAUCUGCAGCAUCUAUCGAGGUCCAUUUGCAGAUGAGAAUUUCAAAGUGAAGCAUUCUGCACCUGGUCUUCUGGCAAUGGCAAACAGUGGUCCAGGGACGAAUGGUUGUCAGUUUUUCAUUACCUGCGCUAAAUGUGAUUGGCUAGAUGGGAAGCAUGUUGUUUUCGGAAAAGUGGUUGAUGGAUUGCUGAUCAUGAGAAAAAUUGAGAAUGUUCCCACAGGACCCAACAACAAGCCCAAGCUCCCCAUCCUUAUUGCCCAAUGUGGAGAGAUGUGAUCCAGCUUAUUCCUAACAGCAGUACUACACCUCCUCUGUUUACAGAAAGUACUGUCUCAUUGUUAUUUGUCAGUCCUCAGAAAAGAUUCACCCUCAUAAUCCUUUUUAUGCUUAGUUCCAUUGAAGCUUUCUGAAGGAUGAAAUGAGAAUCAGCAGUUAAUCAUGAUGGCCAUAUUCCACGUACAGUAUAUCUGAUCCCAGGUUAACUGCUGAAUCAAACGCCACAGUAAGAUCUUUUUUAUGUUUCAGACCUCUGACACGUUUCAUGUAUCAGUACAGAUAGGAUGAAAAAAACACAUAUUAGGUUAAAAUUCCCCUGUCCGGACAUUAUGUUCUAUUCAGUUGCUGAUGUAUUUCAAUGGAGACUUUUUGUGUAUCAACCACACUGUGUUUUUGCUUAUAAACAAUAAAUUGUGUCACAUUUUUAUACAUUUCA